CUGUCGACCUACGCGGCGAGGGCCCAUUUGAUCUUCAACUCGGCGUCCAAGUGCGGCAUGACGCCGCAGCUCGGUGGCUUUCAGGCGCUCCAGGCCAAGUUCGGCGACCGGCUCCAGGUCCUGGCCUUCCCCUGCGACCAGUUCAAGCAGGAGCCGGGCUCGCCCGCGGAGAUCGCGGCGUUCUACGCGGACAAGUUCGGCGUCACGUUCCCCCUCUUCGCCAAGGGCGACGUCAACGGCCCGGACGCGCACCCGCUCUUCGCCUUCCUGAAGGAGGCGACCAAGGACCAGGCCGCGCCCGUGCCGCCGUGGAACAACAAGGGGCAGGCGGCGACGGACGUCAUGUGGAACUUCACGAAGUGGCUCGUCGUCGACGGCACGCCGACGAAGCGCUACUCCUACGACGUCAAGCCCGAGGCCAUCGAGGCCGACAUCGCCGCCGCGUUG